UGAAACUAAAAAUGGAGAUCACAAUAUUUUUUCCUGCAUUGUUUCUGAUCUGCUCUCUCUCCACAGCUCAGCUCCAAGCUGCAGCCGACAAUGAAAUUAUUUCACAGUUAAGGCAAACUGGAUCACAGGGAGGAGACACAGGAAAUCUCUCAGACAACCAACAAACCUUUACACAGGACAUCCAUGCUGUGCUGAGAGAGAUGAGCGCCUCGUUGGCUGAACUGAAGGUGGAGAUGAGGUACCUACAGAGAGACUAUGAAGUUAUGAUGAAAGAACUGGAGGUGCAGAAGAAAGAGUUCGACAAGCUGAAAGAACAACAUCAAGAGGAACUGCUGAGAGUUCAAACCAGAGCAAACGUCACUGAAAAGCAGGUGGAGGCUCUGAGGAGAGAAGGAGAAGUGAAACAAGUGGCUUUCUCAGCUUCCUUGUUGGCAUCAGGUGAUGGACAUACUGGUCCAUUCAACACACACACACCGUUGGUCUUCAGACAUGUUGUUUCAAACAUUGGAAAUGCCUACAACCCAAAUACAGGUUUUUUCACAGCUCCAGUCAAAGGAGCCUACCACUUUGAGUUCUAUAUCUAUGGACAUGGACAUGCUUCAUAUACUGCAGGCGCUGUGUUGACCAAGAAUGGGCAUCAUAUUUUUAUUGCAUUUGAACAUCAGCCUUCUCAUGCUGCUAAUUCCGCUAAUGGUGUCACCUUGCUGUUAGAGGUUGGAGAUGUUAUAUUUUUGCGCCAGUGGAAAAACUCAAGGAUUUAUGAUAACCAAAAUCAUCACACAACCUUCAGUGGUCACCUGCUUUUCACCAUGUGAGAAUCAAGCAGUGCUGAUUUUUAUCAUCAUCUCUACAACUAAUCAGAACUGACACGGAGCCACAGUGGUGUGAAAAAGUGUUUGCUCUUUUCCUAAUUUCCUAAUUUUGGAAUGAGAAUGGAUACUUUUUAUCUUUGGAAAAGAAUAUAAUGAUAUUUUUCCAUCAACAAAACAGAAACUUAAAAAAAUUCUGCACUGCUUUUUACUGUUUCAGCAACAAUAAGGACGUGGAUUGGGACUUGGUUACAGAGAAAAUUACAGAUUUCACAUUUUUAUAUCUAUUUACUUAAUAAAGCCACUUCAAAGAUCAAAACAAUAUAUAUGAAACCAGACCAAAAUGUUGCCAUGCCAGCCUUUUUCUAAGAUGAUACAUGGGUGUGAUUAAUGAUGAUGAUGCUUUUAAUGAGGAGGCGAUAAGAGAAAAUCCUCUUUAUCAUUUGGUUUAUAGUAUAAAGAGAAGGUAACCCUGGCUUUGCCUUUUGUUGCUUGUCUUUUUUGUGCAAAAAAAGAAAAGGAAAAGGUCAUUAAAAAUUUUAACCUCUUAGAAGUGUUCAGAAAUUCAAGAAUUUCUUUGCAAUAAGAGCUGUAUUGUGGACUUCCUGAAAUGGCCCACUGAUUGUAGUAGGCUAACUUCAUAAUAGAUAUUGUGUUGCUCAUAAAAUGCAGGUCUGACAGUGUGACUGAAUCUAGGUUUCUAGUGUACUCUGGUUGGUGGCCUCAUUGUUUUAAGUGCUGAUUUCUAAUAAAAAAUAAUAACAAUUUUGUUUCCUGCAUCUUGCUGGAGAAAACUGUGGCGCAUGUAACCAUUGAACUUACAGACACUAUUUCUCAGUGACUGCAAAUCACUGUGGUCAUGUGGUGACACAGGAACAAACAUGUAUCACAUCAU